GGCGGCAUAUCGAUGACAGUUUUUGUUCGUUACGGUUGUUUCAAAGUGACAAGUGCAAAUCCAUGCACAAUCACCUCAAUAUAGUGUAGUGUAGUCGUUUAAUUCGUCGUCUUCAUUUUGUGUCUUUAAAAAAUAAUGAAUUUUGUAUUUGAAAUACCGAGAAACAAUAAAGAGUUGUUGGAAGAUCCCAAUUGCAGUAACUAUUUUGUAAAACAAAUUUACAAUGUGAACGAAAUACAAACACAACUUCGAGCGGCGCAUAAUGCGCAAAAACGAGGCGAUGUUUUCUACAUCUUCGAUCAUUUUGAUACAUUUUUCUCCGUUAUUGAAAAUGCCGACCAACUUCAGAUUCAAAAUUUGAUUCGAGCUGUGGAUAUUUUGUACAACACAAUGGAAAGACUUGGCCAAUGGCUUAACGAUUACUUCAAAUUACCGGCAUCGUCGCAAGAAUCGUCUGAUGAACAAAAGGAUUAUCUCAAUCUAACCAAAAUGGUUAUGUAUUUGCUAGUGAGCACCUUAAAAGUAACUGACAAAUGUCAAAAGGACCAAACAACACCACCAAAGUCAACCGGACGAAAAAAGAAGAAAAAUCUCGACGAAUCACAACCAUAUUUCAUUACGUAUGAAAAAAAACGUUAUGAAGUGCUCAUUCAAAUUUGCAAUAUUAUGCAAAUGCCCAUCGAAAAACUCUGGAACAUGUUGAUUGUUGAAGAAAAUUUUGUCAAUUUGGUGUGUGAUUUGGCGUAUCGCUCACUUGUUCAUCCGUCGAUCAAGGAGAAACGUGUAAAUGAUGCUGUUUUUCAAAUUCUUGGCAUUGCCAUCAAACAAUAUCGCCAUGGAAUGGCCUUUCCGGUGCAAAUUGUCGAGAUACUCGAACGUGAAGAAUUGGCUGUCAUGCCCAUUGCUCAUGGUGUUAGUUAUUUGAAUGAUACCUUUGGCAUUACAUCGGUGUUGGCCAAUCUUUUGACGGAAAUCAUUGAGAGGGUGAAUGUUAAUCCAGCAUCACAAGUCACAUCAAAGCAUCUAAGCUUGUUUAUUGCAGAAAUUGGAGCAAUUUCAACACAAUUAUCGUUGCAAUGUUUGGACAUGGCACCGGAUCUUCUCAAUUUAGAGUCAUACUCAGUGCGAAACAGUUUAUUUGCUAUAAUGAAUGAUAUCAUUGUGAACCACUUGAGCGGCGAAGAUCUCAAUAAUGAUCAAAAGACACUGCGCGAAGAGUGUUUGGAAGAUUUAUGGAAUCACAUGAAUGACACCAGCAGCUAUGUUCGCUCGAAGGUGAUUCACAUUUGGAAUGAUUUAAAAAAUCAAAACGCAGUACCACUGGAAUGGAUACUUCGUGUUGUGACUCGGGCCAUCGAACGUUUGGAAGAUAAAACAGCAACGGUGCGCAAAAAUGCAAUCACUCUGCUGAAAUCAUUCUUGGAAUCGAAUCCAUUUGCAUCGACGUUGCAAUUGGAGGUGAUUGAGCAAAAAUUACAGAAGGAAGUCAAGGAAAUGAACGAACUUCAGGAGAAGUUUAGAAAUCAACAUCGAAUCGCAAAAGAUUUAGUAACCGAUUACGAUGAACGUUGUGCUCCCGAAUUGGAACCAAUUCUGACAAGCAUCCUAAGUGACGACGAACAAACGAAAUCUUUGACCAUAAACGACACAUUGGACGAAACCAAUUCCGAACAGCGAAUUGAAAUAAUUCGAAAAUAUUUAAGAAAUGGACACUUUGACGAUGUAGCAGCUUACAUCAUAAAAUUGGACGCAUCGGCCGGUAAUUACGAGAAAUGGAAAUCGCUACAAACAAAUGAAAAAGUACUCUAUUUUAAUGCUCUAUUAAAAUCUUAUUUGUUUGACGACUAUGAGAGUGAAUUGGACAAACAAGCGACCAUUGUUGGAUUCCUACAAGAUGCGCUGCAAUUUUCACAAGCUAUAGCUGGCGCCGUGCCAAAACUUGAAGAAAUGUUGAUGUCAACCACAAGUUCUGAUACUCUGGAGGCCAUUGAAUUCUUUAAAACUGGCUAUUUAUUCGAUAUCAAAGGAACCGAAACUGGAAUGAAAUUGAUGCUUCGAUUGUUGUACUUGAUCAACACAGGCCAGGAGAAAGAUGAAAAAUCUGAAGCUGUAAUGCGAGCAUACCACCAAAUUUUGUUCGGAACCGAUGCAACAGACAGAAUGCAUCAUGUCAAAGUGGUUGACAAUUUGUGCAAAUUUCUGGAAUGCAUUUCAAUUGACGAGUACACGGCCUUCGAGUUAAUGAUCAAGAAGUGGUGCGCCACAGAAGACAUAAAUGUGAACACUAUCAAUGUUUUGUUUGAAAGGUUCACACUUAAACUGCCGGAAACUUCAGCGAAUGCGGCCAGAUGUUGUAUGGAGCUGCUAAUAUUGGUUUCGAAUGCUAAACCCGCAGUUUCCCAUAACAACAUGAAGCUAAUCAUGGAUAUCAUCAAUAGUCAUCGAAUUCUUCAUGAUCCACGCAUUUUUUCGGGUUGUCUUCAACUGCUCAUGAAUAGCAUUCAACCGGAAAAAGUUCAAAAGUCCAGUGAUUAUUACAAACGCAUCGAUAACGUCGAAUUAAACAAUGCGAUUGUCGGUAGUUUUACGAAAUUCUUUUUCUAUCCAAAAUUGCCGGAUUUCGAAUCGAUUGCAUCGCAAACAAUCAAUUUUUUGUACAAAAUGUGCACCAGUCCCGAUGUAUUGUGUCAAGAUAUAAUUCAUGGCUUGUGUACGAAAUUGAUGGAAAUCUCCGAAAAACGCCAUGAAAGAAAUAUGGAAACGGAUGAUUCUGGCUAUGGCUCACCACUAUUGGUUCAAAUGUACAUACCAAAGUAUUUGUUGCCACGAAUAAUUUUCAUCUUUGGUUAUGUCGCAACAAAAGAGCUGGUUUAUCUAAAUGACGAUGUGACAAUCAACGUAAAAUACCGCGAAAAAUUAAGUAGUCAAUCGCAAGGUGCGAAUCGAAGUGGUUGUUCGGAAGGAACGCCAAAUAGACGAUAUGGAUCCGUCGAUUCUCGAAGUACAUCACCGGUCGAUGGAAACGAUUCAGCGUACGGUAUAGGUGCGACGGCUGAAGAUAACUUGGGCGAAUUGAUCAAUAACAUAUGUGACAGUGAACUGAUUGGUUCAGUCGAUGGUCUUUUAUAUCAUUUUGUUCCGAUUUUAAAUGAAAUUUUGAGCCAUCCCGCAAAAUAUACAGACGAAUAUGUUCAACGUGCGGCACUUCUGACAUUUUUGCGAUUCAUGGCAUGUUCCAGUACAUAUUGUGCUGAUAAAAUUGCAUUUUUGAUGAAUAUUUUGCGAAAAACCAAAACCGUUUCCAUGAAAUGCAACAUAAUCAUCGGUUUGGCCGAUUUGACGGGCCGAUUUGCAAACACAGUCGAACCAUGGAUUCCGAAUUUCUUUGUGAUGUUAUUUGAAGAAGAUGACAGCGUACGAUUGACCACAUUGAAAAUGUUGUCGCAUGUGAUUUUACAAGCAAUUAUUCGUGUGACGGGACAAAUAAGCGAAAUGGCCGUAUGUAUAAUCGACACAAAUUUUGAAAUUCAAAAUACCGCCAAGGAAUUCUUUCGACAAUUGGUCAACAGCAAAGAACUUGAAUAUUAUAAAGUAAUGCCCGAUAUUAUAUCUCGAUUGAGUACAAACGAAACACCAACGCCUGAAGAUAAGUUCCGCAUUAUUAUGCGAUAUCUAUUUGGGCUCGUUCACAAAGACCGUCCAACCGAAAUUUUGACCGAUAAACUGUGUUGCCGGUUUCGAAAUACGAAUACGGAACGUCAAUGGCGUGAUAUUGCAUUUUGUCUAUCGUUACUGAAUCCAAGCGAGAAAACAAUGAAGAAACUCAUUGAACAUUUGCCAGGCUACAAAGACAAACUACAAGUCGAUGAUAUUUAUGAUUGCUUCCGAACGAUCAUCACAAAUGCAAACAAACAUUUUAUAAAGCCGGGGCUUAAGGAGGCUACGAAAGAGUUUGAUGCAAAACUACAAAAAUGUUUGGAAGCCGGACAAAACAAUAUAUCGAUUAAUGUAAGCACGAUUGAUACAGAAGAUGUACCAACAACCAUUAAGCCAAAGCGAAAUAGCCAAAAGACAACAAGAAAUUCGAAAAAGAGGGAACGAGCCAGAAUUGUAUCAUCCGAUGAAGACGACGAUGAUUUCGAAGAAAACAUACCACCACUAAGACCACGUCGCGCACCAAAGCGAAAAUAGCUAUUAUUUCCAUCGCAUCAUUGAUGGAAAAUAUUUAGACAUAAGAUAUUCUUAUUUGACUACGCUAAAUAGCGUAAAAAAUACAACAUAGUCAAUUUGUUAAACAAAAAGGAGAUAAAACAAGGUGAAAUUUUUUGAACAUUUUCAUGUAAAUUUACAAUGUCCGUCGGUGUAUUGAAAUUACGUAACAUUGAAUGUUUUUUUUGCUAUUUUUCAAUUUAAAUCUAAUUUCAGUUGAAUUCGAAAUUUAAUGAAUAAAAAAAGCUUGACAUAUUAAUAAAUAAGCUGAUAAGUAAACCGUUGAUAGGUUUCGAAAAUGAGAUUCUACAAAAUAUAAUAAUAUUUAAGAAAAAUGUAUGAAAUUCAGUUGAAUAACGUGAAACCGUAUAUAUAUGUGAAGAAAAUGAUUUACCACAAUCAAAAUAUGACCAAAUAAAAUG